AUAAUAUUCAACAUAAAAUCUUGUCUUAAAGUAAUUCUCUUGGAAAUGGAAGUAAACCAGGUGAGCGCUUCCAAGGAUGGUCUGCCGUCCAGUGAGCCGGAUUGCCUCACCGCAUUGGCCUUGCCGCAGAUAUUGCCCGACCCUGUCAUCUAUUACGACGAGUAUAAGUAUAUGCAGGACAUGCAAAUGCUGCGUAACCAGAUGGGCCUGGCGCUGCCGCUGGUCAUGUGCAUGGAACGCUUCGCCGUCAGCCAGACGGGACGACUGCCCUUCCUGCGCUCCAGCAACCUCAUGGACGAUGUGCUCACUGGCCGCUGCAGCGAGAUCAGCUUUGCGGAUUAUCUCAAGCGGCCCGACUAUGAGCAGCCCCUGCGCUCGCCGCACAUUGUCAUGGAGGAGCUGCUAGGCAUUCGCUUAUAAGAGAGA